UCACCAUCACCACCUCCUCCUGCUCUCUCUCUCUCUCUUCUUCUUCUUCUUCCUCCUCACCUUUCUCUCUCAUCUCAUCACAGUUGGAGUUUGCCAAUAGAAUACAAAAACAGCAGGUAAGGAGAGAAAAAAAGACCAGAGAGAGAAAAAAAAACAAGGCUUUCUCUCUCUUGCUUCCAAUCUGCGGCGCGAGGCGGAGGCCAGAGGAGGAGGAGGUGGUGGUGGCGGCCACCGCCGGCGAGAUGGGCCCGUAGGAGCGGUGUGGGCGGCCUCCCUGUCCUCGCCGACCCACCUGUGCGGCGGGCGACCUCGCCGGCUCGGUGCGACACUGCCGGCCGGCAAGAAAGGAUUCUCUCUUUUUUUUUUCCUUUGGUUCCAGAUUGGAUCCUUAAUUUAGGGGCGAAAAGAGGGAAGCUUGCAAGAAGAAUCCUCCUAUUUUGGGUUGUUUCUUUCUGCUGGAAGAUCCACCCGGUUGUUAGGUUUAUUUGCUGCUGCUGAGGAGUUUGAAGGCUUGGGCUGGUCAUGUUGGGGGAGCAGCGUAUGAAAUUCUUGCUAGAGUCAGCAAGCUCAUCAAGCUCCGCGCCGGCCUCAGCGCCAUCCGAAGAGGUUGUUUCAAGAAGCCGGAAGCUUGUCGUUGAGAGCUUGGGGUUGGGGGUGGGGGUGAAGAAGGGAGAAGAGGUGGAGGAGGAACUCUUGAGCCGUCGCAGCAAGAAGAACAAGGUUGCCGGUGAUUCGGGGAAUUCUGGGACUGAAGUUUGGGACUUAGAAAUGCAGGAUGCUGAUCAGAAUGGUGAGGCCAACACAAGCGAACUCAUAGGCGCGAUCGGGCGGGAGCUGGCUAUUACCUGCCUGCUCCACACUCCCCGAUCUUACUAUGGUAUGAUAGCAUGCCUUAACCGGUCCUUCUGCUCCCUUAUGAGGUCCGGGCAGCUGUAUAGAUUGCGGCGGGAGGCUCGCAUUGUUGAGCACAUGAUCUACUGCUCAUGCAAUGUGCUUGAGUGGGAUGGCUUUGAUCCAUGCCGCCAACGGUGGUUCAGCAUCCCCUCCAUGCCUCCCAUAGAGUGCUUCACGCUUGCUGAUAAGGAGUCACUUGCCGUGGGAACCAAUAUCCUUGUUUUUGGGAAGAAGGUGGAGGCCCAUGUUGUACUGAAGUAUAGCCUCCUAAGUAAUUCUUGGACAACAGGAGAUAUGAUGAACUCACCCAGGUGCUUGUUUGGCUCAGCAAGCUUUGGUGAGAAGGCAAUUGUAGCAGGUGGAAUUGGUGAUACUGGUACAUUAAGCUCUGCUGAGCUCUAUGAUUCUGAAGCGCAGACAUGGACCACUCUUCCAAGCAUGAAUAAGGCGCGGAAGAUGUGUUCUGGUUUUUUCAUGGAUGGUAAAUUUUAUGUUAUUGGCGGGAAAGCGGAUAAUCAUAAUGAGAUCCUCAAUUGUGGUGAGGAGUUUGAUUUGGAGAAGGGCACUUGGCGUUUGAUCCCAGAUAUGGCAUCUGGCCUUAAUGGUGGCAGUGGUGCUCCACCACUUGUUGCUGUUGUGAAUAAUGAACUUUAUGCUGCUGAUUAUGCAGAGAAGGAGGUGAGGAGAUAUGACAAGGUUAAUAACGCUUGGAUCACUCUUGGGUCAUUACCCGAGAAGUAUACAUCGGUUAACGGCUGGGGUUUGGCAUUUCGUGGUUGUGGAGAUAAGCUCAUUGUGAUUGGUGGAAUGAGCGCACCUGGGGGCGGAGUGAUUGAAGUUUGUUCGUGGGUACCCAAUAAUGGACAGCCAGAGUGGAAAAUCAUUGGCAGCCGCCGUUCUGGAAGCUUUGUGUACAAUUGUGCUGUGAUGGGCUGUUGACAUACCAAGGCUAUUACAUUAUCGACUGUACAUCUUGACUAAAAGGAAGGAUAAAAGAGGCAAAUUCUUCUGAGCUUGUUUAGUGAUUCUGAUCGAUGGGUAAUUUCUGCCUUUUCUGGCAUUUUAGGCUGAGCUGAAGAUUGGGUAGAAUUUUCUCAUGUAGCUUCAUACUUGCUAUUGUCUAGUCUCUUCAUUUUAAUUCCAUUUGGAGGGCCUGCAAAUGAUUUCCAGAAAGUGGGACAUGCAGCGCAGCAUUAGAUUAAUAAUUUGGUGCAACCUCAAACAUUUUGAUCUGCCUUGGAUACCUUCAUGAAAGUUUUUUAGCUCCAGAGAGUAGCCUUACAUUGGCAAACCAUUUGCCCAUAGAUUGUAAGAAAUAAAGGAAGAAAGAAAAAUGUCCUUGUUGACAAUUAUGCCU